AUGCGGUUUGGUUAUGUAAUAGAUAAACGAAAUCACUUAUGUUUAAGAUUAAUAAAUGUAACGUACAGUUUCCAACAUAUUGACAACAACAAGCGUUUUAACGUUAAAGCAAUUGGCAUCCACAGCAUCAGUGACGAGAUUCCGGCAGUGAAAACCUCGCAUUUACCGGAAGUUCUUGGCUUACCAAACACAAGAUUUCGCCGUGGAAAAGGGCACGUUGACCUGCUGAUUGGCAUUGAUCACACACGCAUGCAGGCUGGUGAGAGAAGACAAGUGGACAACCUGCUAGCUCGCAAGUCUCCACUUGGGUGGGUAGUUUUUGGAGGAAACCCAGCGCAGAUCAGUGACGUAACCAGCAUAUUACAUGUCAAGUACUCCUCACCAAUAGACCUGACAAGCUUGUGGACAACGGAAACUAUGGGCGUGGCCGUGAAACCCUGUGUCUGCGAUGCAGACAAACUGACUCAAGCAGAAAGAGAAGAAGCCAAGCUCAUAGAAGAGUCGUGUUUCAAAGUCGAAAACCAAUGCAUGAUCCCCUACCCUUGGAGAAAAGACCCUAAACUGCUACCAGACAACAAAGAAUUGGCUAUGAAACGCCUAGAGUCAACAGAACGACGCCUGAAAAGAAAUCCUGAACAAGGUGAAGCCUACUGUAAACAGAUGGAGGAAAUGGAAAUAAUGAAAUUUGCGCGAAAGCUGUCAAAAGAAGAACAAGAUGAGUAUCAUGGUCCUCUUCAUUACAUUCCCCAUCACGUUAUACUGAGGCCAGACAAGAAGAGCACACCUGUUCGAAUUGUUUUCAAUUCAUCCUCUGCAUUCCAAGGGCAUACGUUGAACGAUUACUGGAAAAAGGGUCCCGACCUUUUAAACGGCAUGUUUGGACUUGUCCUAAGUUUUUGA